CUCACAAUCUACCCCUACCUUCGGUGAAUUUUCCCCUUUAUCCCUUAUUCUUUCCUUCUAAAUUUCGUCUCGAUCCGGCGAUUGCAGCUCGAAGUUUUGAUUUCUAGAUCGAAUUGAGGCGGCUUAGUUGGCGAUUUUGGGUUAAAGUUUGGACCUUUAUCACUGUUGAUCUCCGGCUGUAAUUCUCAUAAAGAAUUGAAUUUGAAUCUCUUUUUUUAAGUAAAGAUUAGAGAGCACUAUGCGGUGGUUGAGUCUUUCUGUUGACGUUUAUCGAAAAGUUAUCUCCUUGAACUUGUACUGCCGAGUUAUCCUGUAAUUUAACCUCAUAAAUAGCCAGUGACAUUUCCCCCCUCCUCCUCUUGAUCUCUAUAUGGGAUCCAAGCCCUCAUAAGAGAACUCCUCUGCGUCGUCCAAACCUCGUUAGCUUUCGCUUUCUUUUGAAUCUCAGUCUUCUUGGCUUCUUUACUCUGCUCAAACAAAAUUGAAUUUAGGGUUUCUUUAGGCCUAACUCUUUGUUUGCUUUGAUCCAAUCAAGAGGACUUUAGAAUUUCGGGGAUUCUAUUGAAGUGAGAAAGGGAUUGAUUUGAAGUGGAUUGCACCAUUGGUUUGGUAUAGUAGUUGUCUGGUGGUUGGUUGGGUUUAGAGGGAAAGAAGAGUAGUAAUGGUGUGCCAAGCAGCGACGCAGACGAGAUUUCGAGCAUUGAAACAUGAGUAUGGGAUCGCGGGGAAUGCUACCAUCAUCGUUCGUGUCAUAGCUUGCUUCCAACCAUUGCAAGAUUGCCAGGCUGAAUACUUCCGCCACCUUCUGAAACCUGUUACGUAGAUUAGUUCUUGUUCGUCGUUUAAUCGGUUAAUAAAGCUGGGUUUCUUUUUCCUACUUUUUUUUUCCAAAGAAGCCAGCCGCAAGAAGAAGAAUCACUUUUUCUGUCAUUUCCACUGGUGCCGUUUUGAUGGAAAAGGACUGCGAUCAUUUGCAGCUCCGUAGUUUCAACUGUGCUACUAAUGUCGGAGCGCCUGCUCUCGCCAAGCAGAGCACGAACCCAGUGGUGUUCCCAACCUAUGCUGAUCCUUAUGGGUUCUUUCAUCUCAAUCCGGCUUUGAUGCCACCUUCAAACCCUACUGGGUUUGCUUCAGGUCAAAAGAGGUUUAUGGUUUUUGAUCGAUCAGGAGAUCGAACUAACCUGAUUUAUACCUCGUUCGGCUCACAAUUCCCCUACCCUUAUCAGACCAAUGCUGGUGUAAAGCAGCAGCUUCCUGCUAGCAAUGAAACCAAUGUCUCAAAUGGGGAUGUGAAGGAGGAGAUGCACGAAGACACGGAUGAAAUUGAUGCACUCCUCUACUCAGACUCUGAUAAUGAACAAGAAGAAGAGGAGGAGAGUACAGGCCACUCUCCAUUUGAUGCAACAGGAAUAAACUUUGAUGAUAGAGAAGGAGAGGUCGCGAGCUCUGCAGUGCUGCAGCCACCGCCUCCUCCCGCCAAAAGGCGCAGGGCCUCAUCUGAGCUCGACUCUUCACUGGCAGACACUGCGAGCUCAACCAACUGUUUUAGCAAUGACAUAGAGUGUAUAAAGAAAGUUAAGAGGGAGAAGAUUCAUGAGACGAUCGGAGUUCUGAGGCGUAUACUUCCAGAGGGGAAGGGGAAAGGGAAAGAUGCAGUGUCUGUUCUCGACGAAGCCAUCCGGUACCUGAAAUCGCUGAGGCUGAAAGCAAAAGGGCUGGGAUCAUCCCCAGCCAUUUGAGCCAAGAACCGGUACCCGGUACUAUUUGCUAUCAUCUAAAAGUGUGUUAUGUGUAUGUAUGAUAUAUAUGAUACUACUAGUGUGAAAAAGGGCCAGAGCCCAAUGAUUGAAGUUGGAAUAAAGGGAAAUUGUGAGCGCGCAUGAGGGGAGAUGAUUUUUGUUGAUGCACAGCCGUCUCUUUUUGACCCAGGGGAUGCAAGCACGCGCGGUUGAGCCUUGAGGCAUGCAGCUGGCGUGAGGAGGGGAAUCACAUCCAAGGCUUUCGCUUUUUUGAGUUUGUUGGUUUGCUUUAUUAUUCAUCAGCGGUGUGUUUUUCUAAGACUAGAGAGAGUAAGAUGAAAGUGAUGUGUGUAGUAGCCCUCUCCCUCCUAUCUUUAGGCUUUUAUUGAUUGAUGACACUGUUAUUGUAAAAUGGGGAUGGGGGCCGUAUUUUAUGAGGGCGGAUGGAUA